AUGCCCCCAGACUCUAAGACAAAGAUACGCCCGCAACAGUCGUGCCUCAGAUGUCGCGAGCGCAAAGUGAAGUGCGACCGCUCUAUCCCAUGUAACGCCUGUAUAAUCCGCGGUGUCGAAGCAGAAUGCACCUACCUAACAACGGCCGAAGAUCGCGCCCACAUCAGUCAAUCCGAGAUAAUCAACCAACUACGUCGCGAAGUCACACAACUCCGGGGGCGGCUAAACCAGGGUUCACGAGAGCCAAGCUAUAGCGAGCGCCAGAAUCAAAGCCAGCGCCAGCGCUCGCGCCCGGGUCAAACGGGCGGGCCUUCCCUGGGGAACGGCCAGAGUUGGACACAAUAUGCGCCUACGAACACGGGCUAUGGCUACGACAGCCAUGGCUAUGGCAAUGGCUCUGGGAAUGCAACUGGCGCUGGCGCUGGCGCUGGUUCUGCCUCUGCCUCGGCUAUAGGUACCCCGGAUACUGGUGAAGGCAGCUGGCGCGGGUCGUCGCCAUCCUCGUCGAUCACGACCAUGACGACUUCUAUGACUGUUACGAGUCCUAAUAGUACGGGGAGUGAGAAUGGGACUGGGUCAAUGUCUGCUUCGUCGCGGUCGGCUUCGGCUUCAGCUUAUCCUAUCGCGACGGGGUAUGCGCCGCAAGUUGCGGAGCUGGAUGGGUUGACUAAAGUUGAAUCACCUGCUUAUGGAAAUACUCUAGAAGACGCGACAAUGUCUGGAUAUUAUACCGGAGGCAUGACCUUCGCUCUGGGGGACAUGUCUGGAACAAACCCAGUACCGAUGCAGGGUCUCCCAGUGCACGGAUUGCACGCGCAGAAUGCGAUGUCAGGGAUGCACCACCCACCGCUAUACGGAGCCAAUAGCGAUGAUUAUAUGCUUGACGGAGGCAAAGCACUACCAUACCUACAACACACUGGCUAUCCCGCACCCAUACCAACAUCAACAGUAACACAUUACGGGGAGGAAUAUCCAAUACCAAAUGAAGAUGACAGGCCUCAUGCACAUCAUCAGUGGGGGCAAGAUGCAUAUGCAUAUGCGAAUCCGAAUCCUAGUCCGUACCAAUUUCCGCACACGCACACAUACCAAAACCCGUCUCAUUAUUCAACUACCAACCCCUUUACCAACACCGCCGCCACCACCACCAACAACACAAACAUCAACAUCUAUACAGAUGCACCCUUCUCCAUGCCCAACCCGAUCCCCGUGGCAAGCGAGACUUCACGUCAUGCCAGCCCCAGUUCCCAGGACCGUCCUUCUCCACGAACCAUCAUGAAGUCAAUGCCAAGCUCCUGGCAGGUCGAGGGGAAACGGGAACUGCUGGAGAUCCUGCUAGAAACAAUUGCCAGUUGUGACGAGAAAAGUUUACCUCAGGUGCUUCAGGUCAUGCGGACAAGUCCUUCACCAGAGGAGGCUGUUUCGGGGGUUUGUCGGGUUCUCGGGAUUGGGAAUGGACGGUGA